AUGGCCGGUUCCAAGAGACAACAUGGAGAUCCGAGUCUCCAGCCGCCUCAGAAACACUUCAAGUCCAAUGCAUGGCCCAUACCACCCUACCCACAACCGUCGACCACCUCCUCACGUCGCCAAUUUUAUAAAAAUGAUGUCCGUUUUAUAGCCGAAGGGCAAAAAGCCCGCGUCCGCCCGAGAGAACUCCGUUCCGCAAUCGUAGAUCGGAGGCUAGGUCUCUACACACUCCCCGGUUCCACAAAGGACGAGAAGAUAGAAAUUUCACUAAAGGACAGGGAAAGGAAGGGAAGAGAAGAUCCCUUUGUAAAGAAGGAUAAAGGACCGGGGAGGGCAGGGAAUGGUAAAGAUGGGUUAAUUGCGAAUGAGGAGGCCUUUAUCAGCACUUAUGGAAAGGGGGAUGCGAAGAUGGUUAAGAAUUGGCUGAAGAGUGGCGAGCCUGGUUGGAAGCCGAGGUUAGGCGGGAAAAAUGUUUGGAAGGGGGUCAAGUAUCUUGGGAGAGGGGGAUUUGGGGUUGUAGGGUUGUGGCAGAGGGAGCCCUUAAAAGGUUAGUACUUAGGCUUUUAAGGUAAAAUCUGCUGGAAGGAGAGGCACACUAACUCUAAACCCCUUUGAAAUUCUAUAGCCGGAGAAGAAGAUCAGAACGAACUAUAUAGCCUCCCAAAAGGAGUAAACAAAGUAGCUGUAAAAGAGCAGGACCCUCUGGAACCUACGAAGGAGUCGGAAUACCAAUUUAAAUUAACUGAAACUGGGAGUAAGCAUAUUGUGGCAUUAUAUAGGACCAACGAGCAGGAGAAAAGUUUUCUGAAAGGUUUAAACCAGCCGCCAGUAGUAAGGGGUUUUCUUUCGAUGGUUGGCGCUAUCGAUGCACCGAAACGAAGGUAUUUUAUGGAGUUUUGUGAGGGGGGGACUUUUGAGAAGAUUAUGAACAUAAUUUACGCGUACGUCCAAGGACUUGACAGCUUGCGUCGCCACCCUUCUGCAAACGAAGUACAAAAGGAAGCGCAUAACUCCACAAUACUGGCUUCCUAUAUAAUUGGGUUGCCCGCUCCAUGUGGAGGUAUAUCAAAAGUUGACGAGGGCUGGCGACCCGAGUUGUCCACCCUCUUUAUUUUUAUCAUUCCCAUUGAAUUCAGAGAAAAUUGCACUUUCUUUCUUUUGGUAGAUUUGUCUGACAUAGUGUAGGAGGAAUGAACCGCUGGAUGAGAUAUAUCACUGGUGAGUUUCUUGUUUGCCUGGUUUUAUUGCAGACUUUUACUAAUAUAUUCCUGCAGGGGUAUGCUAGAAUGUUUAGCAGGUGGUCUGGCGACAAUGGAACAUGGGAAUGAAAAGUUGGCCGGCCCUUCUUGGUCUCCAAAAAUAGUUCAUAAUGAUAGUAUGUACCUAUUCUCCAAGUCAUCAUACCUUAUUUCGAUGGGUUUCAUGAGGAUCGCGACGUUAUUUCUUCAUGAGACAUCCCAUAUCCAAUCUACGGAGGGUGCACAGCUCGAAAUCCCUUGCCAAACUGUCUAUAUCACCGCUUCGGCCCAAGUUUUGGCAAGAGCAGCGAAUCAGAGGUUUGAACCUGGGCUAUAUAGACUUUUCUUACAUAUGAUCUGCGUGGCAUGGAGUAGCUUUAACUAUUCACCUUGUUAGCUUUCUAUAAUGCUGACAUCGAAAUUGUCUUUAGUCGGUGGAGAAAAUAGUAAGUUAGCAUUUCUAUCUAACAAAAUUUACAAGUCUAAUAAAGUGAUUGGAUAGUACUAGUUGGCAGUAAAGACUACGACCAUCAAUAUACCCCCGUGCUCAAGGUUCGUAACCGAGCCCCCUUUCAAUUGGCAAAGAACAGCCUGUAGACAAAACUAACGCUUCUGCGCAAAUUCAUACUUCGCAGAUUUUGGGCUGUCGAGAUUUGCUGAAGUUGAUAAUAAUGGCAAUGACGAAGAUGAGUUUGUUGCAUUUGAUGACAGCGGAGAAGAUCUAUGGUUAGAAACUUUUCGAUUUUUACUCCGUGCUUUCUCCAGGAUUGAUACCAGGACAGUUUCUGGCCAGCCAAAGCAUCCAGUUUCUCCGGUUUGAGCUUCUUUGGUAAAUUUUUACUGGUCAUAGACGGCUCUGGCGUCAGUCCUGGUAAAAGUACGAGGGGAUUCCCUCAUCGUUUGUAGUUACGGUUCUAGGUAUGGAUAAGUACAGGCAGACUAAUGAAAAUCAAUCCCCUAGGAGAACUGGAGAACUUUAUGUUCCACUGAUUAUUGGAUAUGUAAGUAUUCCCUCCUAUCUCCUUAAAGCAAGCCCGUUCUUCAAGGAUGGCAAUAAAAACUCUAACGCAUUCCUUCUACAGAAAGACAUGAUACCCCGCUACAAAGUCCCCCUGCGCCCCAGCUCAAAAAACCAACAACCAUUGACGCGGCGAUACCGCAACAUAACAACAACUGCCACACUUUUCGAAGCGCUCCCCGAUUCUCCCUACAGCGUUACCCUACGAUCUACGGUCGUGCGAAUGCUAGCCGAUAAGAAGCGCGACCGGAUUACAUCACGAGAACUAUUGAAGAUCUGUCGCGAUGCGAAAAGGGUGUGUGAGGAUGCGGACCUGGCCCUGAAUAACUCGGGCGAACUCGAAAGGUGGAGAGAAUCGCAAGAAGCUAGAGAAGGGGGCCCAGGAGGUUGGGGUAGCCUCUUUGCGGAUGAACCGCCAGGCCCGUCUAGAAAGAGGAAAUAG